CGCUCGAGUUUGUCGCUGGUCGGGGUUGUCUCGGCAACGAAGGGGCCCGGCCAAUCGGGCGGCGCGGCGGGAGCGUGCGCCCUGCACGCGUGAUGGCGGGCCGCGGUGGCGGGUGCUGGGCGCUGUGGCGGGCGGAGAACGACCAGCUGGCGCGGCGCUGGCGGAAGGGGACGUGCCCUCCCGGCCCGGGCUCCCCCUCGGCUUUCGCGGAUCUGCUGCGGAAGAUUCAAGGGCUUCCCGCCGCCUUCCCGAGCCUGCCCUUGGAGCUCGCCGUCCUCUGCAACGCGCUGCACUUCGAGAUGCGCCCGGCCGGCGGCUGCGACCAGCGGGCCUCGGCCUUGAUCGAGCGGGGGCUGUGGCGGGUGCUGGAGGCUCGCGCCGCGCCUGACGAGGGACUCGACUGCGGGCAUCUCUGGCGGAGGGUCCUCCAGCUGGACGCGCCCGAAGAGCUCCGAGCCCCGUUGCAGCUGCUGGCUGCUCUGCAGGGGGCCUUCUGGCUGGCCGCCGACCGGCUGGAGAGAGCCACGGAGCUCUGGCGGCUCCUCACCGGCGCCCAGAUCCCUGGGUCUCCUUGUGUUGGUUGCGACAGUGAGCUCCUUUCACUGCUGCAGAUGUGGCAUCCGUGUGAAAUGGGAGUGUCUGACCCCUUGGUGGUGCAACCUAUUAGAGAUUUGAAAGAGAUUCUGUGGACUUCAGCUGCCUUCUUGCAAGGUGUUCAGGAGCUGGAAGCUGACAACGUCCAUGGUGCCCUUACCUUCCUCCAAGCAGCUGUGUCUGGGCUAUGUUCUAAGCGGGUCCUUGCCCAGAUCUUCACCUUAAUGGGAAGCUGCAACCAGAAAAUAGGCAAACCGCAAAUGGCACUGCAGCACCUGAAGCAAGCGCUGGAGACGGACUUCACCUUCCUCCCAGCCCUGUACCGAGCUGCUCUGCUGUACCGUCAGCUGGGGCUCGCGGAGGCUGAGCUGGAAGCCCUGCUGCUGCUCUGUCAGGCUCUAGAUGGUCCUCCACAGGUAAGCCCGGAGUCCCACGACCCCCAUCUCCUCAUCCGAACAGAGCUCCUUACCUGCGGAUGCCGUCCGACUGCUUUCCUUGUCCCGAGCUGCCCAUCAGGAGUGAAGUACUUGCUGGCCCAGAGAUCUCUGCAGGCAGGGAGGGCAACGGAGGCAGCGGAACAUUACCUGGACCUUCUGGCUCUCUUUCAGGAAGGGCCUCUUCCCCAGGUGUCUCUGUGUAGCGAGCUGGCCGUGCCCAGGACUCCAGAGGUGUUUCUGGAGGCAGCCUCUGCUCUGGAGGAGGCAGCCAGGCACCCAGAAGCCAUUGUGGUGUGUGAGGAGGUGGUCUCCCGAACAAGCGAACUCAUCCCGGCGAGGCUGUGCAUUGUGCUGGGCUUGAGUUCUGAAGAGAAGGCCAUAAGGGUGGGAAGACACUCCUUGGAAAAUUCUCCUGGUAUCGUCCUGAGACAGCAGAGAGAGAGCCUGCGCUGUGUCCUCUGGCGGGCAGCUGCCCAUUUGAUACAGGGCUGGGCAAGAGCCAGGCUGGGCGAAACCAAGGAAGCCAUAAGCAGCUUCAGCAGGUGUCUUAAUGAUCUCCUGAGAGUCCAUUUGGUCAGCACAGGCAGCUGCAGAACCGAACAGGAGAGAGAGCAAACAGCCAUACCCGAAGCAGAGCUGCUCCCCCAGAUCAGGCUCCUGGCCUUGACUGGAAGAGGGAUCCAGUUUCUGGAGCUGGGGAGGUUCAGAGAAGCCUUGAUGGACUUUCAGUACAGCUUGCACAUCUCUCCAGACAGCUGCACUGCAACCUUGUACUUACUGCAUACCCUCUGGAAACUUGACCGGAAGCAGGAGGUAGUUGCACACUGGCCAAAGCUCUGCUCAGACCCUGGCCUGGUGGAGGAAAACACAGGAAGAUCUUUCCCGUUAUACCUGCGAUCAUGCUUGAAACAGAUGGAGUUUCCUCGCAAGGAAUCCUUUGCCAAGGAUAUAAAAAACUAUCUCAGGGAAAAUGGCCAGGCACUUUAAUGGUGCGGUGGCUUCUCUUCUCUUCCCUUACUUUUAGCUGUUUAUCUCCCUUUCUUAAUGGCUUCUCCAGAGUUCAUUUUUGCUUGUGGGAAGAAGCAGCUUUCUGUUUUAAGCUCCUGGGGGCAGGGGAGUACGAGAUGUGACUCUUUUUUAAUGGCAGAGAAGUGUGUGCGUGGCAGACGCCCUACGUAUUUUGCUCCCACAUAAAUAUCUGCAAGAGAGCUCUGUCUCAUGAAACUGGCUGGUAUGAGUCAGGAGGGCUCUGCACUGAUCUGGGAGUGGAUAAGAGAGAGAAAAAGUCCCCUGAAGUUCUCAACAUGCAGCAGUUAAGAGGAACAUUCUUAGUUUCCAGAGCCUCUGCAUUGGUUGCCAGAGUAUGGACAAGGAGCGGGGGGGACUACAACUAGGUAUUGUGGAAACCUGCCGGGAUGAGAGUCAUGACGGACAUGUGGAGCUCAACCAAAAUGACUUGUUUCGAAGAAGCAGGCCCAACACAUGGCAGGGCAGAGUUUGGGAUGUAAUGAAGCAAUAUUCCUGAAUAUGGAAAUCCUACUGAGACCAUUUGGGUAAGAUUAAAAGGAGUUAGAAACAAAACUAGACCAUUGUGGGAGCUGAGUGUAUUCUCCUUCACCCAGGCAGAGGAUGCAGAUAAUUCCUUUCUAAAUCAGCUCUCAAGAUGGCAGGCUAUAAUGGUAAUGGGAGGCUUCAAUUACCCCAAUAUUUGCUGGAAAACUAAGAGUAGGGUUCCAGCAGAUUUCUCAUCUCU